UGUCCCCCCUCACGAAUACGCCUAACACAGAAACACUCGUGGAAGGAAAUGCAGAUGGACAGAAUCGUGCAGCAGACUCAAUGAACAUAAAUCACCAUGAUUUGGGUCCUACCAUCGGUUAUUCUGAGGAACCUGAAAGUACUCAAGAAGAUCAUGAUCUAUCAUCAAAGUGCGCACCAUACUCUCUCUAUUCGUGGGAGAGAGCUCCCCAACUCGCCUCUUCUCCAUCCAGGCCAUCCGAGUCCAGCGAGAAUGGAGUUGGUGACGUGCCCAUGGCGAAUUUCGGUCGUCCAUCUCGUCCACACGUCGGUGGCCCAAGUAAACCCAAACCGAAGCCCAAGCCCAAAGAACAAUGAUGUUUAUCGAAGACGAUCGCCCACGAAGUGUAUUCCUAGGUACCCUAUUCGUCGUGACAAUCGCGUCGGAGACUGUCAUAAUACUGAGGUCGGUAGCAGUCAUCGUGACUCUUCUACAUACCCACUUUCCUCACCAGUCAUCCGUAGACUGGCUGUGCAUUCUACUACACAGCACCCAUCCACCUUCAAUUGUUCUUGUAUUCCUUGUAUUUGCUCGGCGAAAGCUCUUAGUCAGAUGAAUACCGCCAGCGCCACACUCUAUCUUUCAUUGAAAUAUGCAGAUACAAUUUC